UCUCGGUAGCCGUCUCAGUAGUCACAGCUCGUCGUCUCGGGGCAGCCUCAUUCUGCAGGGAUGUUGGGCCCGCAUGUCCUGCUGGUGGCUGUCACUGUCUGUGCGUCUGUCCUGGGGACUCUUGGCAAGCCCCUGCUUGGUGUUUCCCAUGAUGACCUUGGGAUACGGCGCGUCCGUAGGAGCCUCCCGGCGAGCGGCCCAUACGAGGCCGACGUGUUGUCCUAUUUGCCAGCAGAGAAUUUGCGUAACGAGCCUUUAUACCCCGAUAUAAGCCAAGCGAUGCUGGCCCGGCUCGCUGCCUACCCCCAAGAGGAGCUGCUCGCUCAGGCUUUGGAGAGGAUGGCGUCCCGAAGAGUGGAACCCAACCAGGAGAACCUCUCCUUCCAGCAGCUGCUAGAAGACGGUCAGCGCAGGGAGAAGGAGAACGUCUACCUGGCCAACCUCCUUCACUUGUGGAACCAGAUCGGCCAGGGCAGAGGAUACCCGGAGCAGCUACAGGGUCUCCGAGGACCCCUGAAGCCCGAGGGGGACGUCCAGAGGACCUACCAGAACUACGACGAGAACGGCGCGGGCUCCGUGCGGCCGCCGCUCUCCAGGAACCAGAUGGCCCAAGCCCUGAGCCAUUAUCGGCAGGACGGGCCGUACGAUGUGGGCGCAUUUCGCAUGCAGCCGGAGGAGCCCAGUGAUGAAGGCGUCCCCGUGGAUGAGGAAAUGCUAAGGUACUUGGUCACUCGUGUCCUCUCAGCCAUGAGUGAGGCCGAGAUGCCGCAGCGGAUCGCACCCCCUCCCGGCCGCCGCAUGCGCCGCUCCACUGACCAGGAGAUUAACGGAGAUUUCACCUCCAACCUUCUUCGUGUGAAACGAUUGGACGAUGACCCUGAUGCAGACUACGAAUCCGCAGGGCUCCUCCGCAGGAAGCGGAUCGAUGGGGAUCUGGAGACCCGGCCCAAACACUUCCCGGACCAAAGGGUUACCGAGCAGCUGCUGAGAUACCUCCCCAACUAACAGUCUACACGUAUAGCCUCUACAUUAUCUAUACAUACACACCUCUACCCCUAUAUAACCUAUACAUACACACUCAUACCCUAUAUCACCUAUACAUACACAC